AUGGCGCUCUACGGGGCGCCAAUAUGGGCGGAUACCCUGAGUCCUCGGAGUGCGGCCCUAUUGCGCCGGCCGCAGCGGGCCAUAGCUCUCAGGGUGGCUCGAGCGUACCGCGACAACUCGCACGCAGCAGCCGGCCUGCUAGCUGGGAGCCCGCCAUGGGAUCUUGAAGCCAAGGUUCAGUCCGCGGUCUAUUGGCGGGUGCUAGCAGCAAGGAGGGAGGAGAACUGGCCUGCCCCUCGUGAGGUCCGCCAGUGGCGUGAAGAGGCACGAGACGUCCUCUACCAGCAGUGGUCAGAGCGUCUGGAAAUCCCGGGAGCUAGCCGGGACCUGGUGGCCGCUGUUCGGCCCGUUUUGAAAGAAUGGGUCGAACGCAAGCAUGGCGCACCCUCCUUCCAUCUCACGCAGCUCUUAACGGGGCACGGCUGUUUCGGCUGGUACCUGUGUGAGAGGUUGGGAAGGGAGCCGACGACAGCGUGCCAUCAUUGCGAUGGAGGAGCCGUGGACACGGCGCAACACACGCGCGAAGAGUGCCCUGCGUGGGCGGAGCCUCGCGCUAUCCUGUCCUCGGCCAUAGGAGGAGACCUCUCGCUGCCGGCGCUAAUAAGCCGCAUGCUCAGCAGUGAGGAAGCGUGGGCGGCAGUGGCCUCCUUUAGCGUCACCGUCCUGUCGCAAAAGGAGGCUGCAGAGAGAAUGCGCGAGGACGAUGCGAAUUCGCUCCCUCAGCGCCGUAAGAGGCCAGGUCGGCGUCUAAGGGCAUACGCAGCCCGAAUGAUACCGCCUUAA